UUAUCUUCACUCUAUUUAUACCACCUACACAUUGCACCAGUCCUUGAGCAUUCUCACUUUCCCAAAAAAUGAAAACCUCUUUCUUUUUCAUCCUCAUUACCACUUUUCUCUUCACAAGCGGUUUUUCUAAACAACCUAACUUCCAAACUCUAGUUGUAAAUCCACUCUCAUCAUCAAAACUACAAUCUUCAAACUUAGAUGAUUUCUCAUGGAGCGAGUCACAAACCCUAACAACGACGGAAUCAACCACAGAAUUAUCAUCAUCAGCAGCAGAGCCUAAAUCUAUUCUUACACUCAACUUGCAACACAUAGAUUCACUCACUCCAAAGGAAGAUGAAACUCAUGAAUCAUUGUUCAAAUCAAGAUUGCAAAGAGAUGAAGCACGUGUCAGCACACUCAAAUCCAUGGCAGUAAAAGCAAGGUCUUCUCAUGGUAAAAAUGCAACUGCAGGUAGGGGUAACGGUAAAGAUUUCAGUGCUUCGAUAAUCUCAGGACUAGCACAAGGAAGUGGUGAGUAUUUUACUAGAUUAGGUGUUGGAACACCACCAAAAUAUGCAUAUAUGGUUCUUGAUACUGGUUCUGAUAUACCAUGGAUUCAAUGCCAACCUUGUAGAAAAUGUUAUUCACAAACAGAUCCAAUCUUUAAUCCAUCCAAAUCAAAAUCAUAUGCUGGUGUUACUUGUAAUUCACCAUUAUGUAGAAAGCUUGAUGCAUCAGGUUGUAAUCAGAAGAAAUCUUGUCUAUAUCAAGUAUCUUAUGGAGAUGGUUCAUUUACUUUUGGAGAGUUAGCUACUGAAACAUUUACUUUCAGGGGUACUAAAAUACCUAAAAUAGCCUUAGGUUGUGGUCAUGAUAACGAAGGUUUGUUCGUUGGUGCUGCUGGUAUUUUAGGACUUGGUCGUGGUAGGUUGUCAUUUCCAACACAAUCUGACCGUAGAUUCGGUGGGAAGUUCUCUUAUUGUCUUGUUGAUCGAACUUCAUCAACAUCAUCUAAACCAUCUUCAGUUGUUUUCGGUGAAUCUUCUGUUUCUAAAUCGGCUGUUUUCACUCCGAUGCUUCAAAACCCUAAACUGGACACGUUUUAUUACGUGGGUCUACUAGGGAUUAGUGUUGGUGGUAUAUAA